GAUGAGGCGAAUCAGUUGACCGCACGAUCUACUCGCUAUACAUUGUGUCAGUGAAGAACAAAUAUAAAGUGCAAAAUGGACGUGAAACUGAAAUUAUUUUUAUUUUUGACGAUCUUUGUCAACUGUAACGGACAUUUGAGUGUAUUGAAGGACAUCAUACAUACAGCUCACGAUCGUGUUCAUGAUACGGCUAAGUCAAUUCUGGGAGGGUUCAAUUUCGAUUUUCACAUCGGCGGGCAUCACAGAACACCAAAACCGCCACAAAAUUACCCUCCACCAGAAUCUGGUGAUAAAACCGUCAUAGUUGUAGUCGAAAACCCAUCGCAUCAGGGGUCUCAUGAUAAUGGAUUUAGACCGACAAAUAAUAAUAAUGGACAAGGACCUCAAUACAACGGGAACCGACCUAAUAAUAAUUAUCAUAACGGCUAUAAUAAUGGAAACCAUCAAAAUAACGGAGGCAACACUUAUAACGACCCCCGCCAUCAACCUGGAUAUAAUGGACCAAACCAAAACUCACCGGGUUAUAAUAAUGGUAACGACAACGGAUAUAAUAAUCCGAACCAGAAAGAUCAAAAUUACAACAACCCAGGGACACCUAACUAUGGAAAUAACAACAACGCACAUAUAAACCCUAAUUAUAACCAAAAUGUAUAUCCUAAUAAUAAUCCGAACCAAAAAGAUCAAAAUUACAACAACCCAGGGACACCUGACUAUGGAAAUAACCAAAAUGUAUAUCCUAAUAAUAAUCACAAUUCAUCACCAAGUAAUCCUACGUCCAGACCUACAGAAUACACUCCAGCAACGUCGCUGUCAACAGAAAGACCCAACCAACAGACGACCAAAAAGCCUGACAAUGAUUCUCCGUUCUUUGUACCACUAAACCCUGAUUAUAUAUAUACUGGGGACAAAAUAUACACGGGAGCCCCAAAAAGAGAAGUUGAUUCUAAGCCAGCAGAGAAUAAUGACGAGUUUCAAAUAGAUAUAAGAUUAAAAGACGAAUAAGUUUAUAUUACAUGUCAAAUAAACGUAAACUCGAA